UUCAAUUUUAUUAGGAAUUAUUCCUAGUUCUAUCUCUCGUAAAUUCAGAAAAGCUUUAUUAGGAGUCCAAAGAGCUCCGUGGAUUCAGAUUAGUUAUCACCUGAGGAAGACGAUGAUCGACCUCACCACGUCCCUCCGCCAAUACUUCUGUCAUGCUUCGAAUGUGGUUGAUGCUGCUAGAUUCUUUUGCUUCGCUAUUGAGAUGCUGCUUUGCUGCAGGCAGCCAGUCGUUGUCCUGGUCUCUGCAUUCAUCACCUGGCUUUUCGGAUUCCCACUCAUCUCUCAUGGCUUCCCUCUCAGCCUGCUCCGCAUUCAAACCAUGGCUCGAUUUUCUGCUACUGCUAUGAUUGGUUUUUCCCAUGCCUGUCGGCGCUCGUGUAGUGACUCUGUUUUCUGUCGAUAUCAUGAUGCAAGAUGUGGAGCUUUUUGCGCUGGUCCUGUGGUGGCGCCGUUUGAAAGGAAGCUUUAUUUCAUUUCAGAGGUUCUAUUUAUUUCACACAGCUGUUCGGGUUUUGUGGUUCGUUCUCAGGCAGAAUCCUUAUUGGAUGGGCAGCUGGUUUGGGUGGCGUAG